GUUUCCACAGAAGAACAACAAUGAUAUUCAUAUGACCUCUGAAAUUACUGAGUAGCUCGUUUCUAGGAAUAGUUCUGCCCAGACAUAUCCAAACAUCGGUUAUACUGAGAUACUUCAGCUCGACUUUAGCGAGGGAUAUCACCGAUAUUUGCCAGGUCUUCACAUGCAAUCAUGACUACAGAGACUCAAUCUUUGAUGAACUUGUUCGAUCCAUCUAAACUUCAGGAAUCACAGAAUGAGAACAAUAUGCUUUUAGAAGAAUGGCUUUCAACACCAAUGACUGAAGCAAAGAUAACAACAGCAGCACCAAUAAUAGCAACAACCAUUACACUGGAAGCCAUACAAAACUUACUCUACUCUAGUGGAUAUCCUGUUGAAGAAGCCAAUAUGGACACAGAAUUUGGCCCAUUUGAAGAUACGCAGUUUGACGUUGUGGUCGACGUAGAAACUACAUCCCUGGAAAAACAGCAAGAAAAAGAAGAAGAAAAAGAGGCUUUCACAUGUGAUCUGUCAGAUGACUCAUUACAAGACUACUGCUCCGAUCUUUCAGAUGUAUCUGAAGAUGACCUAACUAUUUUACCAGACAUGGUUAUGUCAGACAGUGACCUGGAACUAAGCUGUGAUUCAGGAAUUGAAGCUGAACUUUAUGACAUUCAAGAAAAUAAGAAUGGUAAUUGUGAAAAGUGUCAGAAAUCAGCCAAGAAACACAAUGCCGAACCCUGUGACAAGUGUGGAAGCUAUGAUCAAAAAUCUCCAAAGAAACGAACUCAAAGAAAGUCAAAACAAGACAAAACUGAAAACAAAGAAGACACCAUUCCCCAUGCCAACUGUCAGUUCCUUUGGGAAUUCCUCCAUCACCUACUUGAAACCAAGGAUUACGAUGACUGUAUUGCCUGGAGGAAUCCUCAGAAAGGUAUCUUCAGAAUGGUAGACCACAACAUGGUAGCCAAGCUGUGGGGAAAACAGAAAAAAAGAAAGAACAUGACAUACGACAAGCUCAGUCGUGCUCUCAGAUAUUAUUACAGUAAAAACAUCCUGGCUAAAGUCAGUGGACAAAGACUUACCUAUAAGUUCUGCCGCACCCCAAGUGGGAAGAAAUACCCCUCGUGAAUCAACUAGCAAAUCCACACAGUGUACAUGUUAAGUAAAUUCGCAAUGUUUGCAAAUAUUUUAAUACAGAACGUCUAAGACGUUGACAGUGAGACGAUGGUCUAUAAGACUGUAGGUCUGCCAUUACGCUUGUAAUAUAUCAAUCCUCCUUCUCAGGACGGCUAAAUUAUGGCAACGACACUAGGUUAUACCAACUCAUGAAUUCACCUCAAGUCAGACCACAUCAUUCCCUAGAGUGUCAUUUCUUUGUUGCAAAUGAGAAGCCACAUGGAUAUGGAUACAACUCAAGCAAAAACGCUUAUUCUCAAGGGAAUGACACGUGGUAUGAAAUGAGAAAACGUCACACCCAAAGCUUGCACAUCUAAACUUGCAGUCUGUACUAUAGUGAAUAUCAUAACCGGCUGACAGAACUAUGUACUAUAAUAUCCACUUAUACCGCCACAUAUAUGACACUGUGGACUUGUAGUUUAAAUAAAGGAUUUUUAGCAGUCAUAUUAUUUUAGAGGGGUUGGGGUAAAAAUCAACGGCAAGGGGCUAAAAAUCAUCUCAUCUCUGCAGAGCCCCUCUCUCUUGGCUAAUUUGCAUGUUAGUUCCUAAAGACAUAUAACAUACACACAACCUGGAAAAUAGUUGUAAGUCAGUUAUUUUAGAAAAUGGACCAAAUAUACACAGGAAAUGAUUCCUAGAAAUUAAUUUA